CCGCGCUCGCACCUGACCAUGGAGUGCGCCCUUCUGCUCGCGUGCGCCCUCCGGGCUGCGGGUCCCGGUCCGCCGUGGGGCCCCGCGGGACUGGGGCGUCUAGCCAAGGCGCUCCAGCUGUGCUGCUUCUGUUUUGCCUGGGUCGCCGCCACCUUAGCCAGUGACAGUGACAGCGGCAGCGGUGGCAGCGGAUUAAACUAUGAUUAUGCCUUCGUCACACCAGUAGAAGUGGACUCAGGUGGGUCAUACAUCUCACACGACAUUUUGCACAGCAGCAGGAAAAGGCGAUCUGUGCACGGUGCCAGCAGCUCCCUGCACUACCGAUUUUCAGCAUUUGGACAGGAACUCCACUUAGAACUUCAGCCCUCGGCGAUUUUGAGCAGUCACUUUAUGGUCCAGGUACUUGGAAAAGAUGGUCCUUUAGAGACCCAGGAGCCCGAGGUGCAGCGCUGUUUCUAUCAGGGAUUUAUCAGAAAUGACAGUUCAUCUUCUGUUGCCGUGUCUACGUGUGCUGGCUUGUCGGGUCUGAUAAGGACACGAAACAACGAGUUCCUCAUCUCACCGUUACCUCAGCUGCUGGCCCAGGAACACGACCACAGCUCCCCUGCAGGCCACCAUCCUCAUGUACUGUACAAAAGGACAGCAGAGAAGAGGGUCCAGCAGUACCAAGACUACCCUGGCUCCUACUGGACUUACCUUGGUCAUUCCCCAAGUCACAAUCCCCCCGCAUCCCAGAGCCAAGAGACAGGAUACCGCCAUCGAAGGUGGCAAAAGCAACAUUUUUGUGGACGACGCAAGAAAUAUGCCCCCAAACCUCCCCCUGAGGACACCUAUUUACGGUUUGAUGAAUACGGAGGUGUAGGACGGCCCAGAAGAUCAGCGGGAAAGUCACCAAAGGGUCUCAACGUGGAAACCCUCGUGGUGGCAGACACCAAGAUGGUGGACAAGCACGGCAAGGGCAACAUCACCACAUACAUCCUCACAGUCAUGAACAUGGUUUCCAGUUUGUUUAAAGAUGGGGCCAUUGGAAGUGACAUCAACAUAGUGGUGGUGAGCCUCAUUCUUUUGGAAGAAGAACCUAGAGGAUUGCUGAUCAAUCACCACGCAGACCAGUCUCUAAACAGCUUCUGUCAGUGGCAGUCUGCCCUUGUUGGGAAGAACGGGAAGAGACACGACCAUGCUAUUCUUCUCACGGGAUUUGACAUUUGUUCUUGGAAGAAUGAACCAUGUGACACACUAGGGUUUGCACCUAUCAGUGGAAUGUGCAGCAAGUACCGAAGCUGCACCAUCAACGAAGACACGGGGCUUGGUCUUGCUUUCACCAUUGCUCAUGAGUCGGGGCACAACUUCGGCAUGGUGCACGAUGGUGAAGGCAACCCAUGUAGGAAGGCAGAAGGCAACAUCAUGUCACCCACACUGACCGGAAACAAUGGGGUGUUUUCAUGGUCUUCUUGCAGCAGACAGUAUCUCAGGAAAUUCCUUAGUACACCACAGGCUGGCUGUCUGGUGGAUGAGCCCAAGCAAACAGGACAGUAUAAAUAUCCAGACAAACUACCAGGACAGAUUUAUGAUGCCGACACACAGUGUAAGUGGCAAUUUGGAGCAAAAGCCAAGCUGUGCAGCCUUGGGUUUAUGAAGGAUAUUUGCAAAUCACUUUGGUGCCACCGAGUGGGCCACAGGUGUGAGACCAAGUUCAUGCCGGCAGCGGAAGGAACCGUUUGUGGCUUGAGUAUGUGGUGUCGGCAAGGCCAGUGUGUAAAGCUUGGAGAUCUCGGGCCUCGGCCUGUCCAUGGCCAGUGGUCUGCCUGGACAAAGUGGUCAGAAUGUUCCCGCACUUGUGGUGGAGGAGUCAAGUUCCAGGAGAGACACUGCAAUAACCCCAAGCCUCAGUACGGUGGCAAGUUCUGCCCAGGAUCUAGCCGUAUUUACAAGCUGUGCAACAUUAACCCCUGUAAUGAAAAUAGCUUGGAUUUUCGAGCCCAGCAGUGUGCAGAAUAUAAUGGCAAGCCUUUCCGGGGAUGGUUCUACCACUGGAAACCUUAUACGAAAGUAGAAGAGGAAGAUCGAUGCAAACUCUACUGCAAGGCCGAGAACUUUGAAUUUUUUUUCGCAAUGUCUGGCAAGGUGAAAGACGGAACACCUUGCUCCCCACACAGAAAGGAUGUUUGUAUCGAUGGGGUUUGUGAGCCAGUGGGAUGCGAUCAUGAACUUGGCUCCAAAGCAGUUUCAGAUGCAUGUGGUGUUUGCAAAGGCGAUAAUUCGACAUGCAAGUUUUAUAAAGGCCUGUACCUCAGUCAACACAAGGCAAAUGAAUAUUAUCCAGUGGUCACCAUCCCGGCUGGGGCCCGGAGCAUCGAGAUCCAGGAGCUGAAGAUUUCCUCCAGUUAUCUUGCUGUUCGAAGCCUCAGUCAAAAGUAUUACCUGACAGGAGGCUGGAGCAUCGACUGGCCUGGGGACUUCCCCUUUGCAGGGACUACGUUUGAAUACCAGCGCUCCUUUAACCGCCCGGAACGCCUGUAUGCACCAGGACCCACAAACGAGACACUGGUCUUCGAAAUUCUGAUGCAAGGCAAGAAUCCAGGGAUUUCUUGGAAGUAUGCGCUUCCCAAGGUCAUGAAUGGAACCCAGCCAACCACAAAAAGAUACCACCACACCUGGAGCACAGUGCAGUCCGACUGCUCCGUCUCCUGUGGGGGAGGCUACAUGAGCAUCAAGGCCAUUUGCUUACGAGAUCAAAACACUCAAGUCAAUUCCUCAUUCUGCAAUAUAAGAACCAAGCCAGUGACAGAUCCCAAGAUAUGCAACGCCUUCUCCUGCCCACCCUACUGGAUGCCAGGCGAAUGGAGUGCAUGUAGCAAGUCAUGUGCUGGGGGUCAGCAAAGCCGGAAGAUACAGUGUGUGCAGAAGAAGCCCUUCCAGAAAGAGGAGGCUGUGCUGCAUUCUUUCUGCCCAGUGAGCACACCCACUCAGGUUCAAGUCUGCAACAGCCAUGACUGCCCUCCAGAAUGGAGCCUGGGGCCCUGGUCUCAGUGUUCCAAGACCUGUGGCCGGGGAGUCAGGAGACGUGAUCUUCUGUGUAAGAACUCUGCAGCCAAGACUGUCUCUGAGAGUCUAUGCUCCAGCAGCACCAGACCUGAGGCACAGGAGGGGUGUGUGCUGGGACGUUGCCCCAAAAAUACCCGGCUACAGUGGGUCACCUCUUCCUGGAGUGAGUGUUCCACAACCUGUGGUGUGGGUGUGAGGAAGAGAGAACUGAAGUGCAGUGAGAAGACCUUGCAGGGGAAACUGGUAACCUUCCCAGAGCGAAGAUGCCGCAAUAUUAAGAAACCAAACCUGGAACUGGAAGAGGCCUGCACCCAAAGGGCUUGCCCAGUAUACAGCAUGGCAGCUGGAUGGUAUUCGUCACCAUGGCAACAGUGCACAGUAACCUGUGGGGGAGGGGUUCAGACCCGCUCUGUCCACUGUAUGCAGCAAGGCCGGCCUUCUUCAAGUUGUCUGCUCCAACAGAAGCCGCCAGCGCUCCGAGCCUGUAACACGAACUUCUGUCCAGCUCCUGAAAAGAGAGAGGAUCCAUCCUGUGUUGAUCUCUUCAGCUGGUGCCAUCUGGUCCCUCGGCACAGCGUCUGCAACCACAAGUUUUAUGGCACUCAGUGCUGCAGAUCAUGCACAAGGAAGCAGUGAUCCCAGGGCCUCCCCCACCGCUUCAGACCAACGGCUUACCCGUUCAUCUCCAGGCCUUUUUAUCAGGACUGCAAACCACUAAGGAGCUGCUGCAGGGUUUGAAGAAUGGGCAGAUGGGCACCAGACUCCUUAUCUGAUCCCUGGUAGCACGUGGUACUCUGAAGGACCUGACAACAAGAGGAAAUGACAAAUCUGACUUUAAAAAAAAACAAAUAACCUUUGAUUUGCACUGUCAUCUGAAAGAUGUGAUGGAUCACACUGAAAGAUACCACGUUUUCAUUCUGACAAAGUGAGAACUAUAUCAACUUUGGGAUGGGAAUCCUCCCCUCCUCCCCGUGCACAUACCCUUAAACUUCAAAGGAUUCAAUGGCAAAGACAUCUGUUCUCAAAAGGUCCUUUAAGGCUUCGGGUUAGAGACUGAGGACUUGGAGCCAUCGAAUAUGUGGAUGGAACGCUUUGCAAAUGGUUGCUUGGAAUUCACAGUAUCACCCAACCCUGUGAACAGCCAAGCCUAGAGUUUCAUCCAGUGUCAAACGGUGCUCACAUGGAGGCUUGCUGCUGGACUGACAAGCUUCAUGUUUUUAAUUACUGUGUGUGUAUUAUUUUGUUUCAAGUAUCUUCUGCUUGUAAAGAGUCUCCAAAACUGACAUUAACAACUUGAAAAGUAUUUCAAACAACAUUCUGGAAACAGGGCAACGCAGACUAUUUAAGAUCUCCAUGUAAUUAAAAUUCACACUUGGGGGGGAACCUGAAAUAUUGAUGUUUUUCACGUGACAUCAACCUCAUAACUUUUGGUGCUUACUGAAUGAGAAUGUGGGAGGCUGGUGCCAGCUAUUUGAAAAUGAAACUUGGUGACAUGCUCAUUCUGGUGUUAAAAAAAAAUAGUCACUAAGUGGCAAAAUAGCAUGUUUGAAGGGAGUUCCCAUCAUUCAUAAUGUUCAAUCCAUAUUAUGAAAGUGCUUAGAAAAUUAAAGGCUGCUUGAGGCUUUCGCCUACCAGCUGACAAGUUUCAAUUUUCCCUAUGACUUAGUUAAGGAAAAAUAAAACCAUAGAAAAAUCCAUUUGUCUUGCUACUUUAAUAUUAAUAUAUCACAAUAGCCAAGGCUCCUCCAUGAAUAUUCCAGUGUCUCAAGUGAAAAUUUCAGUCACUGGGAGCCAGCUGUUGAUGGCAUUAACAAGCUUAAAACUGUUCUCAAUUGGAAAAACACCACACUCUUUUGCCAAAACCAACGACACUUAAAAAAAAAGUUACACAAGGACACAGUCAUGAGAAGUGGUUCUAGAGGACAUAUUUAUAUAGCGCUAUUCUAUCCCCCCCCCAACUUCUUUGAUGAAUGUAACUCAAUUUUACUGCUUCACAAAGUCUCAGUUCAAAUAGGGGUUUGCCAGCUCAGCAUAACCAACUAGACAGCAGUCUGUUAAAUUUAGCAACAUUCUUUGUUCCCAUCCCAAUUGAAACCAUCAGUUCUUGAAUCCCAAGGAAGGAAAGAUUAAGAGUUUCUUUUAACCUUGGCUUGGGCUUCAGACACCAUUUGGCUAUGAGGAAAAAAAGUGUACCAUACUAACACUCUGUUUCCCUCUAAAAAGUGGCAAAUUAUGUGUGUCUUUAUAUAAUUAUCAUUUUAUUAUUUUAUGGAAAAGAGUUAAUUUAUUAAUAGUCUAUUCUUUUGUGUUUUCACUCGCUUCUCUGGGUAAGUGAUAUUAA